AAACUUCAGCCUGACCACGGUUGCUCUUACAACUAGCUCACUAUAGCACUUCUUCCGGGUCCGAAGUUCGCGCCUCAUCAGCUAUCACUGCUCAGCUCCUCGAGACCUCUUAAUCUGUAGAAGCCAGCCCUUUCAGUUGUCGCUUCUAGGUAAUUACCGCCCGUCGCAAGCUACCUCGCCAUGGAGCGCGAAUCGGGAGCUGUGGCAUCGCCUCUAGAGCGCUUGCCACCGGAGCUAAUCAGGGCGAUUCUCUCCGAGUUAGACAGUCUCGAUACCCUUCACUGCGCCGUUCUUAGUUGUCGCGUGCUCUGGUACUGCUUUUCAGGGAACUCAUCGGGGAUCUCAACUCGUAUCGUAUUCAACCAUCUAGAUCCAUGUGAUGUACGACCCGAAGCACUAGCCGCGUUACAGGCGUCAAGCUUGCCGGGGCCGACAAUAUCGUUGGUGCGGGAAUUCUGUGCGCUCCAUCUUAGUAACAGGCAUGUGGACUCUGGUAUCUCUGUCACGAUCGCUGAGGCCGCUGCCAUUGCAAAAUUGCAGUCUACUGUCUCUAGGCUGGCCGACGAAUUUGUCAAGACAAAUAUACGGAAACUGCCUACUCCAACGCAUGGUGAACAAACUUCCCUGUCGCUGGAGCCCUCAAAGUCCGAGAAACGUCGUAUUAUGCGCGCACUAUAUGCUAUCGAAAUAUUUUAUAACCUCUUCCGUAAGACCACGAUGUCUGAUGAAGGAGUGGGCCAGUGUAUGAACGAGUUUCUCCUCAAUUUCGCGCCCUGGGAAAUUGAACAAAUAGCCUGCGUCCACGAGUUUCUAUUCCUUCACAUCUCUCCAGCUUUUGAUGAUAUAGCAGCACACGAUGUUCUUUGGGGAGAAUUCGAAGUCGAGCCAGCCCAGUGGUUUGGCUCGCCUGAUCUUCAGACUGUGCUCUUCCAGGGAUUGGUUACUCUGGAGAGUAUAGCAAAAGCAAACACCUAUACACAGAGGUAUGAUCUCCUUCACCAGGGGCGCAUUCCUCCCACACGGGAUCGGACCCUUUACAGAGCCUUGAAAGAUAUAAACUACGAAGGAAUCGACGAUAGAGAUGCCUCGGUUUCCGGCUACGGAAAUUCGCAAGAUUACGCUUUCCGAGUCAAGUCGGCCUUCUUCGAAGACCCUGAUAAUGGCCCGUUCACGAUCUGGAAAUGGGCUCAUGAAUCGCAGUCUUUAAGACAGUCCGUCUACCAGAGAGAGAAGGCUCCGCUACGGAAGUGGGGCUACGUUAUGUGGGAUCGGGAUCGGCUCGAUGCAUGUGGUAUUCUCCAGGAUAGGUGGCAGCCACCUGUGACCGGCAGAUCCCUACCUGACGACCCGCCUAGGGAGAUGGAUGACGAGAGAUGGAUCUCCUCCUGGCGAGAAAGGUCGCGAAUACAUAUGGAAGGCGGAAGCGGGUGGUGGGAUUUCGGCGAUGAGUCGAAGAUCGUGUGGGCAAGGCGCAAGGCCGGUGGCGUUGCAAAGGCUCCGGACACACCAAAAUCUCUAGACGAGGCUAAGAGGGCCAUCCUUGCUCUGCAGCGACAUUGAUACCAUAGUCGGAGCUCGUCGAGGCAGCACGCAUCUAUUCAUAAAUCUUCAUGAAUCUGGCUGCUAAUAGCACGUGGCUGAGAAUGAGCUGAGCCAAGCUGAGCGAGCAAAGGCAGCACUGGCGC